AUGGCAGAGAAGAAGGAUGAUUCUGAUAAGACUCUCAAAAUACAAACGGACGAGAAAAACCUGGCACCACUGGCUGGACCUGCACAGGAAGAGCCAGUGAAGCCAGCAGUUAUCGCAGCAAAGGGUAAUAAUACAGGGAAGAAGACCGAAGUGAUAUUGCCUCAAGAGACAACCAACCUUGCGCCACUAGGAGGACCGAUGGAAGCCGAGGAGGAAACUAAAAAAGUGGUAAUAAAGGAGGCCAGCAAAGAGAAAGAGGCAUCCAAUACAAAACCUAGCAGUGAGAACAUGGCUGCACAUGAAAAAAGAGAUAAGGAAAUGGAGUCUAACAUGAAAGAUAAGGCUGGUACAAGUAAAAAGCCAGAAGAUAAGAUGGCAUAUCCAGGCUCGAACACCCAGAAGACGUGUGCGAAGUGCAGUAGGGAUGCCAAGACUUGUAGGUGUGCAGAAAACAUCCAUAAGCCUGAGAACGGUGGUGUAUUUAAUAAAGAGAACAAGUGCACAAGAUGUAAUACGAGCUCCUGCAAAUGCUCUACAAGUAAUAAGUCAAUGGGAUCAUCGUUAUCUGAUAGUAUGUCGUUGCACUCUUCAUCUAGCGGCAGGCCGGUGAUGCCUGCCCCAAGCAAAUCCAAUUUGCAAUCUAGGGCAGAAAGGCCAAAUACACAAGUAAGAAUAGAUGAAAACAAGAACAGAAACCAUAGAGUUGGAGACAGCUCAGGGACUGGCUUUGCACCCUGCAAACUUGAAAAUCCCGACAGUGGAAGCGUUAUCCAUGAACUUAGAAGGAAGAAUUCUGUUAUUGCAGAGGGUUUUAUUUAUAAGAAGAGGGCAUUCUUUUUCUGUUUUUGGGUUAAAAAGUAUUUUGUUCUUUUGCGAACUGGGGAGCUCAUGUGGCUUGAGGAAGAUGGCACUGGCUCAGGAUAUGGAAACUGGAAUAUUAAAAGAGCCACUGCUUUCAACAAGCUUGACUAUGAUGGAUAUUCGCAUCCACACAGGCUUACCUACUCAGUCGAGUCUAGUACAGGAUACCUGGCCUUUGACACUGAUGCAGAGAGAAACUACUGGUUUGAUAUGCUCCAAGAUGUUUCAAGAAGUUAA